ACCCAACUCUGCUCUUUUCCUCUCUCCCUCUGUUUCAAUUUACCUCCCAUUUUUUUUUUUGCCCCUAGAGAGAAAAAAGCAGGACACCCCAGCUGGGUUUCCUUUGUCCCUCUCAAGCAAAAGGAAGCAUAUAAUAAAGUGGCAGAGAAAGAAUAUAGCAAAAAGGUCAUUGCUUUGGUGGAGCUAACUAAUUAAGAGGGUGGAAAGCUUGCUGCUUUGGGCUGCUGAUGUUAUCAUGGGUUUGAGGCUUGUAAUGUGGAAUGUGGUAGCCCUGCUGCUGCUCUUGUGUUCUUGUUUCUCUUCUGUUAAAGCCUCUGUUUCUUAUGAUUCCAAGUCUAUUGUCAUCAAUGGCCAGAGGAGGAUCCUCAUUUCUGGAUCUAUUCACUACCCAAGAAGCACCCCUGAGAUGUGGCCAGAUCUUAUUCAGAAAGCCAAGAAAGGAGGCUUGGAUGUGAUUCAGACUUAUGUUUUCUGGAAUGGGCAUGAACCUUCACCUGGCAAAUACUAUUUUGGGGACAACUAUGAUCUGGUCAAAUUUAUCAAGCUGGUACAGCAGGCAGGCCUUUAUGUUCAUCUCAGGAUUGGUCCUUAUGUUUGUGCAGAGUGGAACUUUGGGGGGUUUCCUGUUUGGCUGAAGUACAUUCCUGGUAUCCAAUUCAGAACAGAUAAUGGACCUUUCAAGGAUCAAAUGCAAAGAUUCACUACAAAGAUUGUAAACAUGAUGAAAGCAGAAAGGUUGUUUGAGUCUCACGGUGGUCCAAUCAUUCUAUCCCAGAUUGAAAAUGAGUAUGGACCCAUGGAAUACGAAAUUGGUGCACCAGGUAAAGCCUACACUGACUGGGCAGCUCAAAUGGCUGUGGGACUAAACACUGGUGUCCCCUGGGUCAUGUGCAAACAAGAUGAUGCCCCUGAUCCUGUUAUUAACGCUUGCAAUGGCUUCUAUUGUGACUACUUCUCUCCAAACAAGGCUUAUAAACCAAAGAUGUGGACUGAAGCCUGGACUGGAUGGUUUACUGAGUUUGGAGGUGCAGUUCCUUACCGACCAGCUGAGGAUUUGGCAUUUUCAGUUGCGAAGUUUAUACAAAAGGGUGGAUCAUUCAUCAACUAUUAUAUGUACCAUGGAGGAACAAAUUUUGGGCGAACUGCUGGUGGUCCUUUCAUCGCUACCAGUUAUGAUUACGAUGCUCCUCUGGAUGAAUAUGGACUGUUGAGGCAACCUAAAUGGGGCCAUUUGAAAGAUUUGCAUAGAGCAAUAAAGUUGUGCGAACCAGCUCUAGUUUCUAGUGAUCCUACUGUAACACCCCUUGGACGUUAUCAAGAGGCUCAUGUAUUCAAAUCAAAUUCUGGAGCUUGUGCCGCAUUUCUUGCAAAUUACAACCAAAGAUCAUUUGCAAAAGUGGCAUUCGGGAACAUGCAUUACAACCUGCCUCCUUGGUCUAUUAGCAUUCUUCCUGACUGCAAGAACACAGUUUAUAAUACUGCAAGGAUUGGUGCGCAAAGUGCACGGAUGAAGAUGCCCCGUGUUCCUAUUCAUGGAGGAUUCUCUUGGCAGGCUUACAAUGACGAAAGUGCCACGUAUAGUGACACUUCAUUUACCACAGCCGGAUUAUUGGAGCAGAUAAAUACCACUAGAGAUGCCACUGAUUAUUUGUGGUACAUGACAGAUGUUGAGAUUGAUCCCAAUGAGUACUUUUUAAGAAGUGGAAAUUAUCCUGUACUCACAGUCUUAUCAGCUGGUCAUAUUUUGCGUGUUUUCAUCAACGGUCAACUUGCAGGAACUGCUUAUGGAAGUUUAGAAACCCCAAAACUAACAUUUAAUCAAGGUGUGAAUUUGAGAGCUGGUAGCAACCAAAUUGCUCUUCUCAGCAUCGCUGUUGGUCUGCCGAACGUUGGGCCACAUUUUGAGACAUGGAAUGCUGGCAUUCUUGGCCCAGUCAUAUUAAAUGGUCUUAAUGAGGGAAGGAGGGACUUGUCAUGGCAGAAAUGGUCUUAUAAGAUUGGGCUUAAAGGAGAAGCUUUGAGUCUUCAUUCGCUGAGUGGCAGUUCCUCAGUAGAGUGGACUCAGGGGUCUUUUGUGGCACAAAGGCAGCCUCUUACAUGGUACAAAACGACUUUCAAUAGACCAGCUGGAAAUUCGCCAUUGGCUUUAGAUAUGGGCAGCAUGGGCAAAGGCCAAGUAUGGAUAAAUGGCCAGAGUAUUGGCCGUUAUUGGCCUGCUUAUAAAGCAUCUGGUACUUGUGGCGAAUGUAACUACGCCGGAACAUUUAGUGAGAAGAAAUGCUUAAGUAACUGUGGGGAGGCUUCCCAGAGAUGGUAUCAUGUUCCUCGUUCAUGGCUGAACCCAGCAGGCAAUUUGUUGGUUGUGUUAGAAGAGUGGGGUGGCGAUCCAAAUGGGAUAUUUUUGGUCAGAAGGGAAGUAGAUAGUAUAUGUGCUGAUAUUUAUGAGUGGCAACCAAAUCUUAUGAGUUGGCAGAUGCAAGUCUCAGGAAGGGUCAAUAAACCUCUAAGGCCUAAAGCUCAUUUGUCAUGUGGCCCUGGGCAGAAAAUCUCAUCAAUAAAGUUUGCUAGCUUCGGAACGCCAAUAGGGGUUUGUGGAAGCUUCCGGGAAGGGGGCUGUCAUGCUCACAAGUCUUAUGAUGCUUUUCAGAGGAGUUGCAUUGGACAGAACUCAUGCUCAGUUACUGUAUCACCUGAGAAUUUUGGAGGGGAUCCAUGUCCAAAUGUCAUGAAGAAACUCUCUGUGGAGGCCAUUUGCAGCUAAUGGUUCCGAGUCUCAAAUACACGAAUGGAGGUCCUAAUAUUGAUUUCUUCACACUGUUACAACACAGCAAUUUCGGUUAAUUAUCAUUCGGUAAGCUAAAAUCUACGCACAAGAUCAGCGCAACCAUUCAAUUUUGGCUUCUCCUAGGUGAAGUUGUACAAAUAUACAACACACCACAUGGUUGAAAGCCUAUAAGAGAUUGUGAUGAUUGUGGGAGAGUCUGGAUAUAAGCUUUAUGUACAUACUAUCCUCUGAUUCAAUGGUUCCAUGCAAGCUACAAAAGAUGUGGAAUCAAAGCGUGGUGGAUCGGAAGCACAUCGAGAUGAUACUAAUUUUGAGUCCAUGUGCAACUGCUUAGUUAGUAUGGAAGCAUCUGGUUUCCAAGUAAUUUAAAUACUUCAAUUUCGAGUUGAGAAGCAAUUGCUUCAUUGCUUUAUUAUUA